UUGUUAACCACGUCAAUCAAAGCCGUUGAUGCCCAAUCGGACCCGAAUAUUUCCAGAAGUGUGUACGAUUUCUGCACGGCCGUCUCUGUGAAUGCUAAUCCGGGUGUUGUUGGUCGACCUACUCGAUCAGGUGCUCGUUCUUCUUCGCACAAAAACUUCAGUGGUGAAGACGGACCAGUGACCGGCACGGAUUUUGUGGGCGUCGAGAUGUACGCGAAAUUGACCAAUUUCAUCGAGUCAUAUGUAAAAGCAAGGCUGGAGGGAGCGAGGGACCUUCUUGGCGAAGACUUGCUGCGAUACUACACUACACAAUGGUCGGAGUUCAGAUUUUCUUCCAAGGUUGUUGAUGGCAUCUUCUCGUAUCUCAACAGGCACUGGAUAAAACGGGAAUUGGACGAGGGAAACGGGAACAUUUAUAUGAUUUAUACGCUAGCAUUGGUGAUUUGGAAACGGAGUUUGUUCAUGGAAAGCAAAGAACGGGUUACCGACGCUGUGCUCGAUUUGAUCAGGCGGGAAAGGAAUGGCGAAACUAUUUGUCGUAAACUCAUACGUGAUGUGACUGAUUGUUAUGUUGAGCUCGGUAUAGAAGAAGAUGAGACGCCAGACCAAGUGCGGUCUGCCCAGCCAAAUCCCAACGCAAAGCUCAAAGUUUACAUGGUACACGGCUUCUUUGAACUGGUCGAACUCGAAAUGGAAAACAGUUUUUAUUUCAGGACCAUUUUCGAAGCCAAAUUCCUUCGAGAAACUGAAAACUACUAUGCUAAUGAAGCGCAGGUUUUCCUUGAACACAAUCCAUUAACGGAGUAUAUGAAAAAGGUUGAAAGAAGACUGGAGGAUGAGCGCGCUCGAUGUGAUAUGUACUUGCACAUGGCAACGCAAGAACCUUUGUCGAAGACUUGUGAAAAGGUUCUCAUUGAGGCACAGCUCGAGUUAUUCCAAAAUGAGUUCGGCGCAUUGCUUGAAGCGAACAAAGACGAUGAUUUGGCCCGAAUGUACAAGCUGUGCGAACGCGUCGAGGAUGGUCUGAAUAAUUUGCGGUCAGCCUUGGAGAGUCAUAUCACCAAGGAAGGACUGGCGGCAAUUGCAAAGGUGGCUGACACAGCCUUCACGGAUGCCAAGCUGUAUGUUACCACAAUCCUUGCCGUACAUAAUCGCUAUUCUUCACUCGUGGGAAAUGCCUUCCAAAAUGAAUCUGGUUUUAUUCAAGCACUUGAUAAGGCUGCAACGACAUUCAUCAACAAAAAUGAGGUCACUGCUCGUUCAACGUCACAGCAGAUGAGCAAAUCUCCAGAACUGCUGGCAAAGUACUGCGAUCAGCUGCUUAGGAAGAGCAGUAAAAUGCCCGAAGAAAACGAGCUUGAGGAUAUGCUGACGCAAGUGAUGGUCGUUUUCAAGUAUAUCGAAGACAAAGACGUUUUCUCCAAAUUCUAUACAAAGAUGUUCAGUAAAAGAUUGAUAUCUGAAACGUCCGCGUCGGAGGAGGCUGAAGUAAGUCUGAUCAACAAGCUGAAGCAGAUGUGUGGAUUCGAAUACACAAAUCGAUUGUCCAAGAUGAUUAAUGAUACCCAAAUCAGUAAGGAUUCAUGUGCUGAAUUCCGUGACUACCUAGCCAACCGCAACGUCGACUUGGGAAUUGACUUCAACAUGCUCAUCUUGAGCUCUGGUUCAUGGCCAGCGCUACCGACUCUGAAGAUGCACUUACCACAAAAGCUUAACGUCGCCAUUGAACAAUUCACAGCGUUCUACAAUUCGAAGCAUAGUGGCAGAAAGCUGACUUGGGUUUUAUCGCAAUCUCGCGGUGAAAUAUAUGCGUUUGGCUUUGGAAAGAAAUAUGUCUUCACGACCACAACAGCGCAAAUGGCAGUUCUUCUUCUGUUCAACGAUUCUGUGGAAUACUCGAUUGGAUCACUAAUUUUAUCUUUAGGGAUGGACAAAAAGACGUUGUCGCAAGUCUUGAUCUCUCUUGUCAAGAAUGAUGUCCUGAAGAGUUCUGAAAGCUUGGAUGUUUCAUCAGAGGCUAAGGAUACUGUAGUCAUAAGCCUGAACCAGAACUACUCGAACAAAAAGAUCAAGGUUGAUCUAUCCAAGAUGGUGAUGCGGACCGAUACGAAGCAGGAAACGGAGACUGUACAGAAGAAUGUUGACGAGGAUAGGAAGAGCGUUAUUAACGUUUUGCAACAAUUGUCAGCCCGUUUCAAGCCAAGUGUGGAAAUGGUGAAACGUUGUAUUUCGCAGCUAAUCGAGAAGGAGUAUAUGCGUCGUGACGAGGCGGCCAGGGAGAUGUACGAGUACAUGGCUUAG